AUGAAGUUCAACAACAUUGCCCUUUUGGCGACAGCAGGCAUCGCCGUUGCCCAGCCUCACCACCACGCCCACCGUCACCACCACAAGCGUGGGGUCGUCGAGAAGCGUGAGGUCGAGGUUGCCGGUACCACGGUCUACGAAUUCAAGCUCGGCGACGAAGUCAUUUCCUCCACCCAGGCCUGCGAUGGUAUCGAGAGUGGCCUUUACAACUGGGCUGCUGGUGUCGAUGGUGCCGAUGCUUGCCCGUCGAGCUCCUCCGCUACUCCCACCUCGACCCCUACCCCCACUUCGACUCCCACUCCUACCACCACCCCGACUGUCCCAGCUGCUCCCGCUGAGUUCUUCGAGACCCCUAGCUCCUCGGCUACCCCCACUCCUGAGCCCACCAGCUCGGCCACCCCUUCGCCUAGCUCGGUCUCCUCCGCUGCCCCCGCUGCCAGCAGCAGCAGCUCCUCCAGCUCCUCCAGCUCGUCCGCUUCCGGUAUCGACACUGACUUCCCCGAUGGUGAGCUUGACUGCGACACCUUCCCCUCCGAGUACGGUGCCGUUUCCCUCGACUACCUCGGCCUCGGCGGUUACUCCGGUAUCCAGUACGUCAAGGGUGACCUCCUGAACGGCCUCAUCACCUCGAUCGUUACCGCCGUCACCGGUGACAGCUGCAGCUCGGGCGCCAUGUGCUCUUACGCCUGUCCCCCCGGCUACCAGAAGUCCCAGUGGCCCAAGUCCCAGGGCUCUACUGGCCAGUCCAUCGGUGGUCUUGAGUGCAAGAACGGAAAGCUCUACCUCACCAACAAGGACCUUUCCUCCAAGCUUUGCACUGAGGGUGUUGGCGGUGUCCACGUCCAGAACAAUGUCGGUCAGCAGGUUGCUGUUUGCCGUACUGACUACCCUGGUACCGAGUCUGAGACCAUUCCCCUUGGCCUCGGUGACACCGAGCUCCAGCCUUUGACCUGCCCCGAUGGUGAGAAGUACUUCAAGUGGCAGGGCAAGACCACCUCGGCCCAGUACUACGUCAACAACAAGGGUGUCUCCACCGAGGAGGGUUGCCAGUGGGGUGACGGCAGCAAGCCUAUUGGUAACUUUGCCCCUAUCAACCUUGGUGUCGGCCAGAACAACGGCAAGUGGCUCUCCAUCUUCCAGAACAGCCCUACCACCACCGCCAAGCUCGACUUCAGCAUUGAGAUCAAGGGUGAUAACCUGAGCGGAAGCUGCAAGUACGACCACAACACCGGUAAAUUCACCUCCGAGACUGGCUCCAACGAAUCUGGAUGUACCGUUGAGGUUCUGUCCGGUGAUGCCACCUUCGUACUCUCUUCGUAA